GUUUAUGUUUCCUUGUUCAUUGGUUAUUUGUAAUGAUAUCGCUGCUUAUUUCUGCGGCAGGUAUUUCGGUAAAAGGAAGCUAACACCACUCAGCCCGAACAAAACCUUGGAAGGCUUUAUUGGCGCUCUUGUUGUAACAGUCAUUUACGGAUUACUUAACGCCAUAGCGCUCUCUAAAAUUGACUUCCUCGUCCGACAUACGGGUCCAUCAGACAACAGUGCCAUUUACAAGAAUAUUGGGUAUCAUGGCGUGGUCUUGGCCUUAUUCGCGUCAACAUUUGCUCCUUUUGCUGGAUUUUUCGCCAGUGCUAUUAAACGCGCAGGAGGUCUUAAAGACUUUGAUCAUAUUAUUCCUGGACAUGGUGGGCUUACAGAUCGACUUGAUUGUCAGCUAUUUAUGGCUUUCUUUACUUAUUUUUACUAUCAAUCAAUUACGUCAAACUGAUUAGCGACCACGAAGAAUGCCACUCCAUCCUCCGUAAUAUCUUGAGUAGGAAUACAAUGUCAUUUAUUAAAACCAUCUUCUAUCAUUCAGUCGAAUGAUGUCAGACCAUUUUCUCAGAAGGGGAUUAUUAG